AUGGCCGCUGCGGCUAAGUUAAAGAAACAGAUCGAAGACCUAAUCGUCAGUGAUUCCAGUGUUGUUAAAGCAAUUGCAAAUGCUGUCUCGUCGCUUAUUGUUGAAACGAUAAGAAAUGACACAGAGAUUAUCAACACGAUUGCUAGUAACAUAACAAGUAAUGAUGAAUUCUCGAAGGCCGUCAUGAAUAAGUUUAUGGAGAAGGCGAAACCAAUGAAGCAAGAAAUUUAUGAAAGUUUGUCCUUCGACAAUAAUGAUCUGUCCCUUAAAGUAAAAGGUCUAGAAGAAUCCUACAAUCAACUGAAGCUAUCUAAUGAGACACUUCACCUUGGAAUUGACAACCUUGAGCAAUAUGGACGGCGAAAUUGUCUCCUUUUUCACGGUGUAAAAGAGCAAGAGGGUGCGGCUACUCGAAGCCAAGCUGAAAAUACAGACGUUAUUGUUGUGGGCAUUAUGAAAGAAAAACUCGGUUUAGAAAUUAGUGAGGCAGACCUCGAUAGAUCUCACCGCCUUGGGAGGAAAGUGCCUAAUGUUCAAUCACGUCCAAGGCCACGUCCAAUCAUCGUAAAGUUUCUGUCACACAAUAUUCGAUCUCAAGUAUACCGCAACAAACGAAAAUUAAAGGGUUUGGCUCUUGGUAUAUCCGAAAGCUUGACGAAGAAACGCGCAGAGCUUUACUCCACUGUUUCCAGACAUCCAAAUGUUAGUUCAGUUUGGACCAAUGACG